AUGCACAGCGUGCUGGAAAAGACUGAGAUCCGCAUUUUCACGACAGAAGAAGACGUAGGCGAACCGGGAUCCAGCUCAGAUUGCGUGGUCAUCGCCGGCGCCGGCUGUACGACGGGCCGUCCAAGAGUCCGUGACGGCGGGUGUGCAGUGCCUCGAGCAGGGGCCAGACUAUGGCAACAAGGCGGCAUCGGACAUCUGGCGAGGCUUCACUGGCUGGCAUGCGACGCUGUCGUCGGCGCCGUAAUAACUGAAGGAUGGCAAAGCGGCAACGACAAUGUUGCUGGCAAUACAGACGGCAACAACAGCGGCACUAGAAGAUCAAACCCAGACGUCACGCAUCACCGUUCCAGUUUCAUCGUCGAAAACGACACAGCUGGGGACGAGGCGGCGAAGAGGUUUGCCGAACACCAUUUGCUCCCACUCCUACACAACGACCGCCCAGGCAUUGAGUUUCGUCACCUGCUCGGCAUAUCUCAGCUGCCGAGUGGGCUGGCCCUGUGCUCUUUCUCUGAUGCCAAGCCACUUAACCGGUAA